UUCUCAUUUAGUAUUGACCGCUUCCUCUGUUAGUGCGAAAAAGUCGGGCGUCUCUUCGUGCAUACCGACAAACGGCGAAUCGGCGCUAUCAGAGCUGUCCAGCAGAACUAACGCACUGAGUCCGAAUUAACUCUGACGUAGCCAAGUACUUAAGCGGUUAAGCCAUCGCCGUCCAAAUCUUCUCCGGAACCAGACAGUCAAUUCCCUUCUUAUUCAUCGCCAUCAGACCUCCCUUCAAAGGAAGGCCAAAGAUGAAUAAUCCACUAGAUCAAGCCGCAGACCCGUUCUCUGCAUUCCCUACUCUCCAGUUCAUUCCAUGUCCACCCCCAGUAAACCCUAACUUCAGUCCUAAUCCUAAUCCUAAUUCGAGUCUCCAUAAUCCAACCAACACUCGAAUCCCAAACCCUUUCCCUGCAUCAACGAACAACCUUCUAUCGUUCACAGUUCCCAAGAAGCGAAGGCGAGGCCGGCCUCAACGCAAAGCGACGUCGUUUCUUAUUCCUCCCUCCCCACCUCCCAUCCCCAACCUUACUCUCAACGGCAAUAAUGGUCCUAUUUCUUCUACUACUUCAAUUUUAGCUUCUUCUUUCAGACCCAAUGUAGAAACACCUAGUUCGUUACCACAAAGGGCACCCGAUACCUCUGACGAGAUAAUUGUGAUAAAUAAAGAAUCCACGGGCGAGGCCUUGAUUGCGCUGUCAGCUGGGUUUCCCGCAGAUUCACUCACCGAGGAGGAAAUUGACGCUGGGGUUGUCCCUGUUAUCGGAGGGAUUGAACAGGUCAAUUACAUUCUUAUUCGGAACCACAUAAUCGCGAAAUGGCGGGAGAAUGUGUCAAAUUGGGUCACUAAAGAGAUGGUUGGUGACGAUAUACCCAAACAUUGCCAUGCACUGUUGGAUUCUACUUAUAAUUAUCUAGUAUCACAUGGUUAUAUUAAUUUUGGCGUUGCCACUGCAAUCAAGGAGAAGGUCCCGGCUGAACCCAGUAGGACAAGUGUGGUUGUGAUUGGUGCCGGGCUUGCAGGCCUUGCUGCCGCUCGGCAAUUGCUGAGAUUUGGGUUCAAGGUGACUGUUUUGGAGGGUAGGAAGCGGGCGGGCGGGCGGGUUUACACAGAGAAAAUGGAAGGAGGGAAUAGGCUGUGCGCGGCAGCAGAUUUAGGGGGUAGUGUUUUGACUGGUAUUUUAGGGAACCCACUUGGGAUUUUGGCUCGACAAUGGGGUUCUCCGCUUCAUAAGGUGAGAGAUAAGUGCCCACUAUAUAGUUUGGAUGGAAAGCCUGUUGACCCUGAUAUGGAUAUGAAGGUGGAAACUGCUUUUAACCGUCUUUUGGACAAGGCAAGUAGGCUUAGGCAGUUAAUGGGGGAGGUCUCAGUAGAUGUAUCUCUUGGUGCAGCAUUGGAAACGUUCCGGCAGGUUUAUGGGGACGCAGUGAAUGCUGAAGAGAUGAACUUGUUCAAUUGGCAUCUUGCAAAUUUGGAAUAUGCAAAUGCCGGUCUGCUUUCAAAGCUCUCCCUUGCAUUUUGGGACCAAGAUGAUCCAUAUGAUAUGGGCGGGGACCAUUGCUUCUUGCCCGGAGGGAAUGGAAGGCUGGUUCAGGCUUUGGCUGAGAAUGUGCCAAUUUUAUAUGAGAAAACUGUACACACCAUUAGAUAUGGUAGUAAUGGUGUGCAGAUCGUUGCAGGGAGUCAGGUCUUUGAAGGUGACAUGGCUCUGUGCACCGUUCCGCUUGGGGUUCUAAAGAGUGGAUCCAUAAAGUUUAUUCCAGAGCUGCCUCAGAGGAAGCUCGAUGGGAUAAAGAGGCUGGGAUUUGGAUUGUUGAAUAAGGUUGCAAUGCUAUUUCCUCAUGUAUUUUGGGGUACGGAUCUUGAUACCUUUGGGCAUCUUACUGGUGAUCCAAGCCGUCGAGAGUUCUUUCUCUUUUACAGCUAUGCAAAUGUUGCUGGCGGUCCUCUCUUGAUUGCUUUGGUAGCAGGAGAAGCGGCUCACAAGUUUGAGAGCAUGCCCCCCACGGAUGCUGUGAUUCGCGUUCUUCAAAUUCUCAAGGGUAUCUAUGAACCACAAGGAAUCAAUGUCCCGGAGCCUAUCCAAACAGUUUGUACCAGGUGGGGUGGUGAUCCUUUCAGUCUGGGUUCUUACUCUAAUGUUGCAGUUGGCGCAUCAGGAGAUGAUUAUGAUAUUUUAGCAGAAAGUGUGGGAGAUGGAAGGCUUUUCUUUGCAGGGGAAGCCACCACUAGGCGAUACCCUGCAACUAUGCACGGAGCUUUUCUCAGUGGGUUAAGAGAAGCUGCAAAUAUGGCUCACUAUGCUAAUGCUCGGAUUGUGAGAAAAAAGGUUGAUAGGAGCCGAUCAAAAAAUGCCCAUUCUUAUGCUUCCCUUCUUGCAGAUUUAUUUAGGGAACCUGAUUUAGAAUUUGGUAGCUUUUCUAUUAUUUUUGAUCGGAAGAAUUCUGAUCCCAAGUCAGCAGCAAUUUUGAGGGUGACAUUUACUGAGCCUCGUAAGAGGAGUCAUGAUGGCUCAAAACCAGAUCAACAGCAUUCAAAUAAGUUACUUUUUCAGCAGCUUCAGUCACAUUUUAAUCACCAACAGCAGCUUCAUGUCUACACUUUGUUAUCAAGGCAACAGGUGCUUGAACUGAGAGAGGUGAGAGGUGGUGAUGAAAUGAGGUUGAAUUACCUCUGUGACAAGUUGGGAGUGAAGCUGGUGGGAAGAAAGGGUCUGGGACCUACUGCUGAUUCUGUGAUUGCUUUAAUUAAAGUGGAGAGGGGUAAUCGAAAACCUGCUUCAACUGCUUUGGCUCUCAAAUCAGGGACAUCGAAGCUGAAAACAGGCAGUUUGAAGCAAAAAAUGGUGAGAAAGGCUAAAAUAGUGCGCGGCAGCAAUGGAAUGGCAAGCCCUGCUAAUUCAAAUGUUGCAAAUGGAAAAUUUUCUGGGGAGACUAGCAUGUCAGAGGGAACUAGGAGCACUGAUAAAAUGCUUAUUGACACUCUUGGUUCAGGGCAAAAUCAAGGUGACAUGUAUAAGCAGUGAGUAGGGUGCCUUGAGAGCCAAAAAUUUAUCAAAGGUUUUACUCCUCUUCCCCUGUGGAUCCGUGAUCAAGUAUUUUGCCAGCCUCGAAAUAGUUUACUCAUAAUCUUUAAGCUGUAUAGCCAGUGUUUUUGUGAGCUGGAUGAAUAUGUCACUGCCAAUUGAGGAGGACCGCACUGCUGCUGGUUGGCUUCUCUGCCGAGAAGUGACAAAUGCAAAAUGAAAGUGAAAAUUGAGCAAGAGUAUACGUUGGACAGGAUUUCAAGCCACCUUCUCAAGAUGCAUGUAAAGUGAUGGGAGCUUGUGAUCAGAUCAGAGUGUUUGGCUAGGCCAAUGGUGAAGCCGAUGAAAGCAAUGCAUUGCUGCUCCAGUAAUACCAACCGGCCAAGAAGUUUGUUGCCAAGAUGAUUGUGCAGCGGAUAAACGAUGCCGAUGGAUGAGCCUUUACCAUAAGACCCAGAGUUAUUUACAGGUGGAAUGAGAGAGGGGCCAUGAUUGGCUUUACAAUGGGGACAGUUGCCUUCGUGUCGAGAAGCAUUAUGUUUGUACAAAAAUUAUUGAAUUUCGGUCUCGUGCCUUAUUAUAAUUAUUAUUUAUAUAUUUAAUAUUUUGAAUGCUCUUACUUUCAAGUCUUGUUU